AUGGAUUUGUUUAUAAUUAACAGGUAUGUAGGAGAGAAUGUUGAUGACGAUUUAAUUGAUAGAGAAACAAAACAUUUACAAAAAUUAAAACAAAGAAUUGAAGAGAGAAAGAAGACACAUAGAAAUGAAAAGGCUUUAGACACAAUUACACUUAAACAUGAAGACACAGAAAAGAAUUUUGAUAGUUACAAGCCACUUGAAACUGAAAACCUAAAAGAUUCUGCAGAUAAUAAUUACAAAGAAAUAACGGAUGAAGAUAAGGGAAUUAAAAGAAAAAAAACUACUAAUGAUAGAGUUGAAUUCAAAGUUUUAGGGAUAAAUGAUUUUGAAAAGAAAUCUAAGGUACAAAGAGUUUUACCACAUUGGUUAUCUCAUCCAUACAGUGUUUCAAAAAAUUUACAAAAUUUAACUUGCAAAGUGGAAACUCAACAUUGGUUACACAGCGUCUUAAAAAAUACAUUACUCAGUGAAGGUGUAACUCACUUCUUUCCUGUACAAGAACAAGUAAUACCUUUUAUAUUGAAUGAACACAAAUUACCCUAUCCACUAUGGCCACAUGAUAUUUGUGUUUCUGCACCUACAGGCAGUGGAAAGACUUUGACAUUUGUUCUCCCAAUUAUUCAGAUAUUAAUGAGUGAAAUUGGACAUUACAUAAGGGCUUUAAUUGUUCUACCAGUGCAAGAGCUAGCAACCCAGGUUGCCAAAGUUUGUAAAAAAUAUUGUACAAAUACAGGCUUAAGAGUGGCCUUGUUGAGUGGCUCCACACCAUUGCAUCUGGAGCAACAACACCUUAUGAAAUAUACUGAAUCAUCAGGAUGGAUUAGUGAAGUAGACAUCAUAGUGUGCACAGCUGGAAGAUUGGUAGAGCACUUACAAAAUACUGACGGGUUUUCAUUAAGACAUUUAAAGUUUCUAGUUAUAGAUGAAGCUGAUAGAAUCAUGGACAAUAUUCAAAAUGAUUGGCUUUAUCACAUGGACAGGCAUAUACGGCUAGAACAUAAUUUAGUGACAAGUAAAGUUCCCCCUCUAAAUUGGAACUGUAUAAGUGAUCAAAAAUCAUUACCUCAUAAAUUACUUUUUUCUGCUACUCUUUCUCCUGAUCCUGAGUUGUUAGAACAAUGGGGAUUAUAUCAACCAAAACUGUUUUCUGCUGCUCCAAUUUCUGAUUUUGAAGGUGAACACCUUAUUAAAAAGUAUACAACACCUGAUGAACUAAUUGAGCAAUUUGUGACUUGCAGUGCUGAAGAAAAACCUCUUAUAUUAUUCCAUUUAUUAGUAGAGAAGAAAUGGGACAAGGUUCUAUGUUUUACAAAUUCAGCACAAUCAGCACACAGAUUAACAGUUUUACUCAAUGAAUGGGGUAAAGAGAAACUUAAAGUUGUAGAAUUAUCAUCAGCCUUAGACAGAACAAGUAGAGAGAGUGUAUUUAAAAAAUUUACGCAGUCAGAGGUUAAUGUGAUAAUCAGCACUGAUGCUUUAGCUAGAGGAAUUGAUAUACCAGAGUGUAGUUAUGUUAUAUCAUAUGAUCCUCCUAGAAAUAUAAAGACCUAUGUUCAUAGAGUUGGAAGAACUGGUCGCGCAGGAAGAGUAGGCACUGCUGUGACUAUAUUACUUCAUAAUCAAUUCAAUAUGUUCAAGGAACUACUGCAGUCUGGAGAAAAGUCAGAAAUACCACAAAUGGAAAUUCCAGAGGAAGCAUACAGUCAUUUAUUACAAGGUUAUGAACAAGCAAUUCUAGAAAUGAAAAAAAUAAUUCAUUCAGAAAUUAAUAACAAAGUAAGAAAGUCAAUUGAGCUUAAAAGAGGUACAAAGAAAAGAGCAAAGAAAAGAAAAUAUGGUGACAAAAGUAAUAAUAAGAGUGGUACAACACAAUAA